AUGUGCUCCUCCUACGACCCCUCCCCGUCCCCGGGCGCCGACGACCUCCUCCUCUACCUCUCCGACCUCGGCCCCACCUCGCCCUCCGCCUACCUCGACCCCUCCUCGCCCUCCGAUUACCUCGACCUCCCGCCCACCCCGCAGCCCCAGCAGCAGCAGGGGAACAUAGCCCCCCCGCAGGACAUGCUGCUCCCCUACAUCUCCAGCAUGCUCAUGGAGGACGACAUCGACGACACCUUCUUCUACGACUACCCGGACAACCCCGUGCUCCUCCAGGCGCAGCAGUCCUUCCUCGACGUCCUCUCCGACGACGCCUCCUCCCCGACCACCGCCACCACCACCACCACCACCAAUAGCAGCGCCAGCGCCAGCGUCAACCACCACUCCUCCUCCUCCUCCUCCUCCGGACCCGCCAGCGCGCCUCUCACCCCCGCCGCGGUCAAUUCCUACGCCCCGGCCCCCGUCGCCCAGUUCGACGGCUUCGACCUCGACCCCGCGGCCUUCUUCAGCAACGGGGCCAACUCCGACCUCAUGAGCUCCGCUUUCCUCAAGGGCAUGGAGGAGGCCAACAAGUUCCUGCCCACGCAGGACAAGCUCGUCAUCGACCUCGAUCCGCCCGACGACCCCAAGCGGUUCGUCCUCCCCACCCCCGCCCCCGCCGCGGACAAGCUCGCGCCCGGAUUCAACGCCGCCACCAUUGUCCCUGCGGCCGUGGCCGUGGCCGUCAAGGAGGAGGAGGUGGUCUUCGCGGCGCCUGGCAGCGGCGGCGGCGCCGUCGGGGGCCGCGGUCGGAGGAACCGCUUCGACGACGACGGCGACGAGGACCUGGAGCUGCAGCGCCGGAGCAGCAAGCAGAGCGCGCUGCAGGGGGACGGCGACGAGCGAGACGUCUUCGAGAAGUACAUCAUCACUGACCCCGAGAAGUGCACGGAGCAGAUGCAGAAUCUGCGGAUCGCCAUGCAGGAGGCGGCGGCUGCCGCCGCCGGGAACGGCAAGGCCAAGGGCCGACGCGGCGGGAGGGAUGUGGUGGACCUGCGCACGCUGCUCGUCCACUGCGCGCAGGCCGUCGCCUCCGACGAUCGCCGCAGCGCCACCGAGCUGCUCAGGCAGAUCAAGCAGCACGCCAGCCCGCAGGGGGACGCCACGCAGCGCCUCGCCCACUGCUUCGCUGAGGGCCUCCAGGCGCGCUCGCCGCACCGGCAGCAUGCGGAUAGGGAGGGUGUGCCACCAGAGGUGAGGAUUACUGGCAUUGACCUGCCCCAGCCUGGGUUCCGCCCUACUCAGCGCAUCGAGGAGACAGGGCGCCCGGCUCAGCAAGCGAUUGCAGCAUCCAAGAUGGAGUCCAUCCGAGUGGAGGAUCUGAACUUCGAUCCAGAGGAAGUGCUCAUCGUGAACUGCCUAUACCAGUUUAAGAACUUGAUGGAUGAGAGUGUUGUGAUUGAAAGCCCAAGGGACAUUGUGCUCAAUAACAUCAGAAAGAUGCGGCCUCAUACAUUCAUACAUGCAAUUGUGAAUGGCUCCUUCAGUGCGCCGUUCUUUGUGACGAGGUUCCGGGAGGCUCUGUUCUUUUACUCGGCCCUGUUUGAUGCUCUGGACGCGACCACCCCAAGAGACAGCAACCAGAGGAUGCUGAUUGAGGAAAACCUCUUCGGGAGGGCUGCCCUGAACGUCAUUGCGUGUGAGGGUACAGAUCGGGUGGAGCGCCCUGAGACGUACAAGCAAUGGCAGGUGCGGAAUCAACGAGCAGGCUUGAAGCAGCAGCCGUUGAACCCUGAAGUCGUGCAGAUAGUGCGGAACAAGGUCAAGGAUUUGUACCACAAGGACUUUGUGAUCGAUGUUGAUCACCACUGGCUCUUGCAGGGAUGGAAAGGCCGCAUCCUCUAUGCCAUCUCGACAUGGGUGGCAAAUGAUGCUCCCUCUUACUUUUAG